AUGCUUGGCCCUCUGGAUGGUCUGGUACGGUCCAUUGUUUUUCCCCGUCCAGAAAAGUCUACCUAUACAGCGUCUACUCAUCCUGAUGCCCUUUUACAUAUUUCUUGUGUAUGCUGUAAUGAUCACACUGAAACAGGCUCUUACACCUAUGGCUAUUUGUUUACCCAACCUUCUGCGACUCACCUCCUUAUUUAUGCUCACCCCAACGCAGUAGACAUCGGCAUGAUCUACAACGAAAUGAAGAACCUUAGCGAGGAAGCCAAAAUCGAUGUAUUACUAUUCGAAUAUUCCGGGUAUGGUCUCACGCAUACUGAAGUAUCUGAAGAGAGCAUGAAUCGCGACAUGUUAGGUUCCUAUUACUUUGCUAGAGAUCACCUUCACGUGCCGCCUGAUCGCAUUGUUUUAUGUGGGCGUUCCAUCGGAGCUGCGGUGGUGGUACAAUUAUUUGCAGGCCUCCCGAAGCACCAAGUUCCAUCGUUGGUCAUCCUGCAAUGUCCAUUCACCUCCCUCAGCGAAUGUAUGCAGGAAUUUUCGAAAAACGCGGUGUCUAUUGUAAACUUCCUUGGGUAUAACUGGUUUCGAACCAUCGAUAUAAUCGCAAACGUGCAGUCUCCCAUUGUGCUGCACCACGGAACCAUCGACAACAUCGUACCCAUCUCCCACACUUACGCGCUAAAAGACAAGCGCACUGUGGAGACCCAUCCGUGUAAGACCCACCUUUACCUGGACAAGGAUAGAGGUCACAAUAACCUCAGGCGUUCCACUCUUAUCCAGAUUCUGCAUGAAAGAAUUGAAAUAUCAGGGCUCAGACCUCUACAUACCAUUUGGCCUUCUUUUGCGGUUUCUCAUCCGCCCGUCAGCACUCUUCUCUUUCCGCUUGAUAUUACAAAAUUUAAUGAGGUUUGCGACAAGUGGAAUAAAAUUUUCAACUUAGCAGAUACACUACAAAACAAGGAAUCUUGGUUUGUUAUACUCACAGCGAGUGUGUGCGUGUUCGCUGCGAAGGCUGCCCGCGAAUGGCAGGUCUACUCAGACCUUAUUAAGCGCAAUUCGUGCAAUCGCAGCCUAAAAUCACGCUGCUCGAAAAAUGACUUUCUGAUUCGAUGCAUGACGAGCUGGUACAACCCGCUCGGUAUCUAUAUUCCAAUUCCAGGGCAUUCGGGAUACUCUGAGGCGCUUGUAUUCGGAUGCAGCGUUCCACCUAACCGCUGGUCUUCUUUUGAUAUUGCGUGGGACUUCAUCUCCCACGAUGUGUCGAAUGUUUUGUUUAUGAUAGUUGAAUUUAAGCCAACCGCUGGCCUGCUCAAGGCCAUGGGUAUGGUCUUAUCAUCUGCACCAGACCUCCUGGGGAUGUCCAAGGACGAAAUACCAAAUUUCAUUCAUCCAGACCUCGUGGAGAAUAUUCAGGUCGAGUGCGAACGUAUGGUUGCCUUCAUGCCUAGCCAUAUGUCUACAUCCUUUGAAUUCCUUUUGAAUGACCUUGAAAAAAAUAGCGAAGCACUUAUGAGCGCCAAGGCAAGUCGCUUGCACGAUACCUCAUUUGAUCACGUAGUGUACAAGGAGCUUUGCGAGUGGAUGAAUCCCUACAUAAAGCAACCUGAACAGAUGUCAGCUAUAGCAAACGAAGUCUCAUGGGAUUACUAUUUAUUUAAGGCACGUAUUUUAAUGAGCCGAUUCAGCCUCCAUAUGGAUAUGGACUGGAGGGAACUGGAAGAUUUCCUUCAGACGGGUGCAGUGCUAGUUAAAAUUUAUGAUUGUUUUUGCCGGUAUUUCGUCUACCCAUCUGAACCGUCUUGCAGGCUUCACCCUUAG